AUGGCGGCUGCGACGGCGGGCGAAGGCGGGAGGUCUGCAAAGAGAACGAAACUCGACUUCGUUGACACAAUCACCGUCCUCGUGGGAGCAAAUGAAGCGCGGUUCAUGUUGCAUAAGAACGUUGUCUGCGCCACCUCAGACUUCUUUCGUGCCGCAUGCGAUGGCAACUGGAAGGAGGCUACCGACAAAGUGAUCCGCGUGCCUGAAGCUGAGCCGAGUGUGUUCCAAUUUUACCUUGCCUGGCUCUACACGGACCGGAUUGACCUGGAUCAAAACUUUGCGAUCAAGGGGCAAUAUGACGCCGUGGAGCUCAGUCAGACCUACCUCUCAUUAUUGAAUGCAUACAUCUUUGGUGACAUUAUCCAGGAUGUCGCAUUCCGCAAUGCCCUUAUUGACAAGAUGCUGGUAUUGUCAAAGCAGACGGAUAAGUGGCCCCACCCUCGUGAGGCCGCGAAGCUCUGCCAGAGCGUUUCAAUCGGUUCGAAGAUGGUCAGGCUUCUCGCCGAUGGCUAUGCUUGCACCUUUUCAGCCGAGACCUUCAGCCGCGAGCUGCCAAACCUUCCUGCAGAACUCAUCAAAUUGAUCGCGGCGCUGUCCAACGAGGAGAGGUACAUGUCCAAUGCUGAGCGGAGGCCUCUCGGUCGACUAAAGGGAUUCUACCACGAGGCGGCAAAGCAAGGCAGAGCGUCCUCGACAAACACGACAGAAGGGCAGAGCGUACAGAUCAGGACCACUGCUGGAGGAACAUGA